AUGUUCAUUUUGGCACGAGAUCACGGUGAUCCUCCCAGGGAAACGAAGGCUGAAGUGAUCGUAAGCAUCUUUGGCACCCUGAUUACAGUGGUCACUGAAGCGCCAACGAGCGAGACCUUUGAGUACACUAACUCAGCAGAAGAGGAAACGAAAACCAAUCCCGACUACUACUUCCAGUCCAUCACCACCGCUCCUUCAAAUAUAUAUACGUUUUCGUCGUUCCCAUCGCCUUCACCUGUGCCAGUGCCACCAACAGUCUCAGUAUUACCACACGUCAACAACACAAGCGCAUCUACUGAACAGUUGUGGACAACACUGGAAACCAAACCCACAUCCGCAGAAACGCGACCCGUACCAUACGAAUGGCCGAGAACAACGUUGACAACCAGUGGAACCACGUCGUCCGUGGUUUCAUCAACGUCUCCACCACUUCGUCUGGCGCCCGUUUUCAACCCAGCUCAAAUUACCGUAACCGCGGACGAAAACGAGUCCGACAUCGAAAUUGCAAAGGUCAGUUAG